AUGUAUCAUCGGAUCGCAGUUCCCUACCAUAUCAAACAUUUCGCCAAUCGUUUGCACUCUGUACUCCGUGAAACAUAUCAGGGAUUACGAACACAAUAUGUCACUGGAAUUGUAGCCGUUCAGGGACUGCACAAAAUUGGCAUCUACAACUUUGAUUUUUCAAAACUGGCAACACAGUCGGCUUCUUUUUUCCUGGACGACAUCGACUCACUGGUUUAUCCUUUACCAGUGAGCACGGGUUUAGUGGAAGUUGGGUUCCACUGCCCGCAACAAAAGGAGCUCCCAAGAGAGUAUGUUGAGUUCGUCAACGAUCCAACAUCGAAAGGCACCAUCCUUGUAGCAUUUGGAACAAAUACCCUCUGGAAUUACGCUCCACCGGACAUUAUGGCAGCAGUGUUGGGAGCUAUAAAUGGAUUAACUGAAUAC